AUGGAUAAACCAACCAACAACAGCCUCAACGGAGGUCUUCUCCGAGUCCAAAAUCAACCAUCAUCCUCAAGAUUCAAAAGGAAACUACGUUCUAUACUCCUGGUAACACUCUUCACUCUCAUCAUAGUUACCAACGUCUCUCUCCUGACUAUAUUCAAACAUAAAAUCGAGUCAAAAUCACUUUCCAAUUACCCACUUGAUGCAAUCCAAACCGUCUGUUGGCUUCCUAACCUCAGUGAAAAUCCAGAUUCAUGUGUCAACUCCAUCGCCUCCUUUUACUAUGCAGAUGUGAACCCUCCACCAUUUUGGUUAAACAGAGACAGAAUUAACCCUUCACAAAUAUUAAUGCUCUCCCUCCACGCUUCCAUGAAUGAGCUUUUUGACCUUUCUUCAUCACCACCCGAAACAAUAGUCUCACAUUCAAAUAAGCCUAAAACAAAGUCAUUAUUGAAGGAAUGUCAAUGGAUGUUCAAGUUCUCACUCACUCAGCUCAAUGAAUCAUUGAAGAGUUUAGGGGACGAACCAGAUGAGAAAAUUCUCGCCACGAACAAAUUAGUUUGGGAUUUGCAGAGUUGGAUUGGUGAGGCCCAGGGUCAAGUGGAGAGGUGCAUUGACAGGUUGGGGAUGACAGAGUCAACAGUGGCGGCGGAAAUGAAACGGAGAACUCGAAUGUGUCAACAGUAUAUGAGGAAUAGCAGAGGAAUCUUGAAAAAUGUGGAUGAAAUCUUUGACAUAUUUUAUCCGGGAACAGGAUCAGUAUUUGGCUCUUUGAUUUUGGAGUUCUUUCAAUAUGAUCCUUAUGUUUGGUUCUCAUUUUUGCA